AUGACAACCCAAAAGACGAUGCGGGCGCAGCAAUAUGACGCAAGAGACAACAAACUCCACCUCAAUGAAGUAUCCAUUCCCCGGCCCCGCGAGCACGAGAUUCUGGUCAAGAUUGGAUGUGCCUCUCUCUGCCACUCAGAUGUCAUGCACUUUGAGCCCAACGACCAGGGUCUCAUUCUCGGCAAGAACCCCGUUACCAUUGGGCACGAAGGCACGGGCAGGGUGGUUGCAACAGGAUCUGGGGAUAUAGCCAAGAAUUUCAAAGAAGGCGAUGCAGUAGGGUUUCUCUGCGCGGUCGACUGUUGCUUCGAGUGCUACGCUUGCAAGAACGUUCACAAUUCAUGGUGUGUGACAGGGCAGACAAACAUGCAGGGCUUCAGUGCGGAUGGGUAUUUCGCAGAGUAUGCGGUUGUGGAUGCCAGGGAGGCUAUGGUGUUGCCUGACGAAUUGGACCCGAGAGAAUCAGCGCCUCUUUUCUGCGCGGGUGUAACAGCCUACCACAGCAUAGCAGACUGCGAACUGCCUCCCAGCUCCUGGGUUGCGGUCAUUGGAUGUGGCGGCCUCGGACAUAUGGGCAUCCAAUACGCAAAGGCUAUGGGCUACAAGGUCAUCGGCAUCGACAUUACAGACGGAGCGAUUGAAGAAGCCAAGAGCUGUGGCGCAGAUUACACCUUCAACUCCAUGACUGACAAGGAGUAUAAGAAGAAGAUCAACGAACUGACUGGUGGCGGUGUCCAUGCAGCCGUCAACUUCACGGCAUCCAAGAAAUCCUACGAUGACUGUCCUGCGAUUGUCAAGGCUGGUGAGGGUAUCAUCAUGGUUGUGGGGAUUCCGCAGCAGCCGCUCGAGUUCAACGGGCUGGAUCUUGCGUUGGGAAAGUACAAAAUUAAGGGAUCGAACAAUGGAACAUGCUACAAUAUGAGGGAGGCUAUCGAGUUCUCGGCCAAGCACGGGAUCAAGCCGCAUAUGACCAAGUUUGAGCUGGAGGAUGUGCCGAAGAUGGUGGAGCUUAUGAAAGGUCACAAGGCGAAGGGACGGAUGGGUGUCGUUUUUGAUGAUUAG